AUGUCCGGAGAAAACGAUCAACAAAUGGACGUUGAUGAUACAGCUCAGAAUGUGGCCACACCAGUGUCGGCGCCAAAAGAAAAAAAGCGAUUCGAGGUGAAAAAGUGGAACGCUGUGGCGCUAUGGGCAUGGGAUAUCGUUGUCGAUAAUUGUGCUAUAUGCCGUAAUCAUAUUAUGGAUCUGUGCAUUGAAUGUCAAGCAAAUCAGGCAUCGGCCACAUCGGAGGAGUGUACGGUGGCAUGGGGUGUGUGCAAUCACGCAUUUCAUUUCCACUGCAUAUCACGCUGGUUGAAGACACGUCAAGUGUGUCCACUGGAUAAUCGUGAAUGGGAAUUCCAAAAAUAUGGUCACUAA